AUGUCCUCCAAAUCCAGAUGGGCAAACGAUGAUCCAGAAACGGAGGCAAUAAUUGCUCGACAAAAACACGAAAAGGAACAAAAACGACGCGCCAAGGCGGAGAAACAACGACAGCUCGAGGAAGCCAAGGCUCAACAAGCUCGUCAGCAAGAUGCAAACAACACACAAGGCCCCAAUGGCGAAUCAGGUCCCCCGACAAAACGACGACGACUCUCGAAUGACCGCAACAUCCCCGAAGCUAAGGUAGCCAACGUCGACAAAGAGGAGAGAAAGCAGUCGGCAUUGUUGCGCUUCCCGGUUGGAGAAUGGGGCCCUUGCCGGCAUGUGGACAACUUCGAGAAACUGAAUCAUAUCGAAGAGGGCUCCUAUGGAUGGGUGUCGCGCGCGAAGGAUAUCUCAACAGGAGAGAUUGUUGCGUUGAAAAAGCUGAAGCUCGAGAACUCGCCGGACGGGUUCCCAGUCACCGGCCUACGGGAGAUCCAGACACUCUUGGAGGCACGACAUCAGAAUGUCGUCUACCUGCGCGAGGUAGUCAUGGGCAAUAAAAUGAGCGAUGUAUAUUUAGUGAUGGAUUUCCACGAACACGACCUCAAAGCCCUUCUAGACGAAAUGCGCGAACCGUUCCUUCCCUCGGAGAUCAAAACCGUCCUUCUGCAGGUAGUAGGCGGACUCGAAUUUCUACACUCGCAAUGGAUCAUGCACCGCGACCUUAAAACCUCCAACCUCUUAAUGAACAACCGCGGCGAGCUCAAAAUCGCCGACUUCGGCAUGGCCCGGUACUACGGCGACCCACCACCUAAACUGACCCAACUCGUCGUAACAUUAUGGUACCGCGCCCCGGAACUCCUCCUCGGCGCAGAUAAAUACGGCACAGAAAUCGACAUGUGGAGCAUCGGCUGUAUCUUCGGCGAGCUCCUGACCAAAGAACCCCUUCUCCAAGGCAAAAACGAAGUCGACCAAGUAUCCAAGAUCUUCGCCCUGACAGGCCCGCCAAAUUCCCAAACAUGGCCCGGCUUCCGGUCACUGCCUAAUGCCAAAUCCUUGAAGAUACCAUCUUCCUCCGCGUCCGUCUCAGCAGGAACCCCGCCUCUCCUGCCUCGCUCCCGAUUCCCAUACCUCACAAAUGCAGGCCUGGGCCUUUUGUCUGAGCUCUUGGCACUCAACCCUGCCUCGCGACCUACGGCAAAACAGUGUCUUCAACAUCCUUAUUUCAGGGAAGAUCCUCGACCGAAACCACGCGAGAUGUUCCCUACUUUCCCGUCUAAGGCCGGUAUGGAGAAGCAGAGACGUCACCGUACUCCUGAGGCGCCUAGGCGCGGCCAAGAGGCGCCAGCAUUGGAUUUUGCGGGCGUCUUUGGUGGUGCUGCUGGUGGAGAUGCGGGCGAAGCGGGUGCUGGUUUUACGCUUCGUUUGGGAUAA